GCCAGUUUACCACGAGUAGCUGUACAGGACUCAAACUGACGUGAGCUGCGCACUUCGCUUUUAAGGAUCCCAACAAGUUGUGUGGAGAUAAAGAGCAGGCGACAAGAAUGUCCAUCUUUACUCCGACCAACCAGAUACGCCUCACCAAUGUGGCAGUGGUGCGGAUGAAGAAAGGAGGGAAGCGGUUUGAAAUCGCAUGCUAUAAAAACAAAGUCAUGAGCUGGCGGAGUGGAGUGGAGAAAGAUCUUGAUGAAGUAUUACAGACGCAUUCUGUGUUUAUUAAUGUUUCUAAAGGGCAGGUGGCUAAGAAAGAGGAUCUUCUCAAAGCCUUUGGGACAGAAGAUCAGACAGAAAUUUGCAAACAGGUUUUAUCUAAAGGGGAACUGCAGGUGUCCGAAAAGGAACGGAGUACACAACUGGAGCAAAUGUUUCGAGAUAUUGCUACCAUUGUGGCAGACAAAUGUGUGAAUCCAGAGACCAAGAGACCUUAUACAGUUAAUCUUAUUGAGCGGGCAAUGAAGGAUAUUCACUACUCUGUAAAAGCUACUAAGAGCACUAAACAACAGGCAUUGGAUGUCAUUAAGCAGCUAAAAGAAACCAUGCAGAUUGAACGUGCCCAGAUGAGGUUGCGAUUAAUUCUACCAGCUAAAGAUGGGAAGCGAUUAAAAGAGAAGCUGAAACCACUGAUUAAACACACAGAAAGUGAAGAUUUUGACCAGGAGCUUGAAAUUGUAUGUUUAAUAGACCCUGGCUGCUUCAGAGAAAUUGAUGAGUUAAUACGUUGUGAGACAAAAGGAAAAGGCACAUUGGAUUUACUGAACUUGAAAGAUGUGGAGGAAGGAGAUGAGAAGCUGGAAUGAACAGUGCUUUGCUUGAUAUAUACUAAUAUAAUAUUCAAAUGCUAGUUUUAAGGCAUUCAUAUUUGUCAUACUUUGUGUUUAAAUCAGUAAUUUUGCAGCACAGUAUUAAGUCACACUAUUUCUAGAUCACUGCAUGUGAUCAUUAUUUAACCUUGCCUUGCCUUGGUAUAGGGUAAACUACCUAUUCAUUUUAAGAAAAUAAAGACAUAAGAAGCUACUUCUUAACUGAAACUACUAAAUUGUAUUAUUAUAAUUUAACUUUUUGCUUGGGAUUAGCUGCUUAUUACAGAAACAAACUGACAUUUUUUUUUAUGUUUUCCAACGCUACAUUUUAUAGAAACUGGCUGCAAUAUUAUUUAAUCAAUUGUUUGAACUUAAUGUAUUAACAUACACAAAGACUCAUCUGUUUAUUCUUGUAACAUAUUAAAUAUGUAAAAUUAUUUUCUAAACUGUAAUCCGUUUUUAAGUAAAGACGUGUUUCUUAAAAAAAUAAAUAUAUAAAAUAUGCAUAAGUAUCCACAAACGGAGUGUAGAAAAGAAUCCAAAAUAUAUAAGUAAUAUAUUGAAUAGUAAAUAUGAAAGAAAUCUAAAAACAAUUUUGUAAUUUGCAUGUAAAAUGCAUCUGUUGUUAACUCCUUCCUGCCAGGACUUAUUUGUCUACAUCGGAACAAAGUCCGAUGUAAACAAAUAAGUAAAAAUUUAAAUCAUGCGAUCGCUUGAUUUGAAUGAUGGGAUCGGGUCGGGGGGGGGGGGGGUGCCUAUGAUAGACAGGUGAUCCCAUUUAAGAAGCGGCUAUGGAUUCAGGACAGCCAAACAGGAUGUUUCAUGCCAUCCUAGCGGCCCUAAAGCCCUGCGUAGUUAGUGCAGCAUGGAACAUCCCAAAGGCAAGAAUGAGUUAAAGGUAUUAGGUUUUUUUGUUUGUUUUUAAUAUGCACAUUUGUAUAAAUCAGUCUUUAAAUACUGGAAAGACAUGCAAAGAAAAUAAGUGUUUUGUAACUGUCAUCUUGUUAGCAAAAUGAGCACUGUGGGCAAAAUAAAUUAUUAAAUUACAUUAAAAGGGGGUGGUUUUUCUAUGCAUAUUUUAUAGGAUGUAAAAGUCAUGCAUGCAUCAGAAACUAAUCGCUGCAUUGAAAUAUCUGCUAAUAAAAAUUCAUGCUUUGCAAGCAUUUAAAACUGUCA